AUGCCCCCAAAGAGAACAGCCACUAUUCCAACGGCUCCCGAGUUUCCGCCUCCAAAGACACUUGACGAGUUCCAAAAGGCUAUCAUAGUCACUGAAGACUGGAUCCGGGAGCUCGAGGCGUCGAAGGCUCUUGCGAUCGCUGAUCGCACAAAGACUGCAAAGAACAAGCGCGCUGGCAAAACACAGAUUAUCAACUCCAUUGCCCUCUCUAUCGAGGAGGGCAAUGCCCGGCUUGAGGGUCUGCGCCAGGGUCUCGCGUCUGUGGGGGUUGGUGAAGACUCCCCAAAGCGAGAUAUGGUCCCACAGAACACGGCGUCGCUGCUGACGCACUUUGGUGAAGAGGAUGCUCAAGGCGAGCCCGACCCUUCCUACACGCAACCUGCACUUGCGCGUGAAGUCCCAGGUUCCACAGGCAGCGUCAAAGAUAAUACCCCAGACCCCUCCUUAAGUAAUCUGGGAAACAAGGGCGAAGGGCACGAGGGGACACAGUCCCCAGAUCAGACGUUGGACCACGAGGGCCUGGAGGAUUUGAAGAAAGGGGAGGAGGAAAAACUGGACGCAACCGUCGCCGAGACCAACUGGGACCUUUACACCGAAAUCGCGAUGCUUGUCGACGAGGACAGGGCGGCAUCUUCCUUGAGUGCGGAAGGCCUCACUGCGUACCUUAACUGCAUACUUCUGUCGAUCGAAAACGACUUUGAGGUAGCCGACGACAACAUUGACAAGGACCCUCGGCUUGUUGAAAUCCUCGAAGGGAACAAAAACGUCUUAAGCGUUUGGGGAUGGAGGCUGUACCUCAAAGUGAGGAAGGUCGUUGACAAGUACCAGGAGAUGGGUCGCCUGGCCCAUGUGAAGCGUACCGACCUUCUCCGGCGACUGGGGAAAUCUAUUUGGACAAACCAGGACCACGAUCCAGAGGAUGGUUUGCUGAAGAUGAGAGACAUGGGGGACGAGGGGGAGGAGGACGAGGAGGACGUGGACGAGGAGGAGGACGAGGAGGAGGAGGAGGAGGACCGCCGAACGGGUAGGCCCAAGGCGACAACCAGGAUUGGGUCGUUGACCCAGAACGCAUUUAACGCGCUAUGCAACGCACUCUGCAUGGAGGUCGACAUCCCUAAUGGUGCUAGGUUUGAUGCGCGUCGCUUUGCGGAGUUUUUGGCGGGGUAUGGGACGUCUUCGAUUCUAAUUGCAAUGGAGACAUUCAUCGUUCGGAGGGGGGUCACCCGUUGCCACUACCACACGCUCUCGGACAAGUCCUCCAAGAAGAACGACUCCACGCGCGAGGGGGUCACCGGUGUCCCAUACAGCCCCACGAAGACUGUCUUCGCAUCCCGCAGGCUCCUGCGCGCCGUCCCCGACCGACUUCCUGACCAAGUGGGCCUCAUGCCGCGAUCGGUUGAGCAGCCGGAACAAGGUCCCAGUUCAAUCAAUGGGGUCACAUUCCACGAGCUGUGCAACUUCUUCCCUCGUGCUGCAGACGGUCGACGAUAUCUCCAUUGUGGCUGCGAUCUUCAAGACGCCCUGACCGACUUCUUCUUCUGGAAGGCCUUCCCCUACAUCUCGUCGCGUUCCAAGGGCACUGAGGAGCUUUUUGGAAUGCCAGUGCCACCACGGAUUAGGGAUGGUCAAGGGGUUUUAAAACCCCCAGGGUAG